AUGGCUACUGAUCCGCGUACCCUUCUUCAUGUCGUGUACGCAGGACGCGGCGAUGCCCUCAUACUUGAGUACACAACAGAACCCGGUGGGCAGCGGCGCUUUGUCUUGGUCGACGGGGGUCCUCGGACAGCUGGCCCGCCGACUUACACACCGAAACCCUACUACAAAUAUCUCUUCCACGCCCUAAAGGAUGUUUGGAGCAAGCGAAAUUCCGGCGAGAUUAUCGACGUGGACGCCAUGUUCUGCUCUCAUCCGCACGAAGAUCAUAUUGACGGGCUGAUCCAGCUUCUGGAUAGUAUGAAUGAUGAAGCCAGUCUUUUGAUGUUCAACGGGCCGUUCGUGCUUCCCAACGUGACCACAAGUAAGACGGAGGAGUUGGACGACGUUUUCAAGAAGGUAUCCUUCGUUCGGAUGGACCAGGGCUGGACCGAUACCACAGUCCCGGGAAUCGGCGUUGACUAUCCUGACCGCAAAGAGCUAUUGGUGUAUGAACGGGGGAAGAGGUUGCCCGGCAUCAUUGACAAGGAUCGUGUCAAUCUUUCAAGUAUUUUGAUGUCGACGGAUCCAGACGCCACAAGAGGCGCGGGGCGAGUCUACUUCACGGGCGACAAUGUCGGUCAUAUUAUCGAGCGAUAUGUUGGACCUCCUCCCACUGGCACACCUUUGCAAACUUUUUCCAUCUACAAGAUUCAACACCACGGCAGCAAGAAUAACUCAGAAAUCCAUGCAGUGUCAAGAGAUGUCGGGACAGAGGUUGAGCGCGAGGGUGCUGUUUUGUACAUCCUCACCCAUUACGUUGCCGUCAUGGAAGGGACAUCAAGCACUGCAUCACUGCGAAAGUUCAUACCUCCGGAUUCGCUACUGUGCCUCGGAGACUAUAUGAAAACACAACUCGGGACCCUGGCAGACGUCAAAAAAUACCUCGGAGUGCUCGUCAGCCGCCAAGAUCGCUACAAGGCUAGUAUCAUGGCCCAGUCUGUGCCGGCCACCUUAAGCCCUGAUCACGGAGGUCCCUUUCCAGCAGACAUGAAAAUAACACCAAAUAAGCUGAUGCUCAAGGCCACAUCUUACUUUAACCGUCUCUCUGAUUCCGACGGAAGAUUUGAUCUUUUCUACGACGUCACAGCACCCCACCGAAGGCAGGAGCCCUGGUGGGUCAGUUGGCAGGAGCCCGAGGACUUUUGCCCUGAGUUUUACAUCCUCCUUCCCAUACCCGGUAUUCGGCAAUUCUACAGCUCCUUUCAAGCCGACUGCUACGUUAUUAGUGCCAAUGAAACCUAUCGGCACCCGUCAGCAGCUACGCUGAUUGGAUUGGGCAUGGCAGUCAUGGACCAGCAUCGGAUGGACCAGCGUCGAGCGGCCCGAGUUUACUUGACAGAGGGCCAGACAGUCGACUCGUCGGACAUUGUUGAUCUCUGCGUGGCUGCAACAGGCGGUAUCACGGCGAAUCAAUUGUUCGACCAAAAAUUGCUUAGUAUCUGGUACAGGAGUUCUGGAUACUACUUUACGCUGGACGGCAGUGGAUCACCACCUGCUAGUAAAGAUCGUGAGAUCACAAAACGCACAACACAGCUCAGCUUUCCAACCGACACGCUCACAAGAGGCAGUCUCCAGAACCAGCUGGAAGAGGACACGACAGUCCUGCCGCUGCGGACAACCAUUUCAAAUGCCAGCGAGGUUAGGUACACCGUCUACUGUCCCGUUGGCGCGACGAACUGGUAUCUCGACCUUCUGUCCGGACAGCCUCAAGUCUCGAGCACGGUGAAUGCCGUCACGUACGUCUAUGACUCCACAGAUCGAUGGCCUGACCCGGCACCUGGCGCGAAUAGCUCCACCGUUUAUAUCGUGCAGACCACGACCGGUCCGUCGGCUGCCUCUUUUCCUUGGAAGUUUCAGGUCGGGAGCAGAUCCGGCCGACUCCAGGACAACAAUCUCGCUUGGCAGCUAAUAUGGGAACGCCCAGUGACUGGGGGUUCUGGAUCUGAGAAGGCUGCAUUUUACGUCGACAAAACCACCAAUGCUGUUGGCUCGCGCACAUACCAAGACCCUCCGCCUAUGGGUUUUGAUGCCAUUCGAUUCCAUUUCACGAUCGUCUCUCCCGUCGGGGUCAGUCCAAAGUUAAGAAUGCAGCCUCAUGGGGCUGCUUUGCCUACGCUGAAGGAUUACUACACCGCCAUCGGCCUCUUGAUGCCACCAACGAUCUCAUGUGGAGAUGCUCUUCGAGCUCUACUGGGGGCCAGUAUCCUGGGGCAGCUUGAUCUCAGCCUAAACUUCGAGAUUGCGGUUCUUGGCUGGUCGGUGGAUCCGCAGAAGUCCAGUGUUGAUUUCGACGAUGAAAAGAUUUCAACGACGGUGCACGCCGUUGGUCUGGGCUUCUCGCUUCCGCCAGGCACAACCAUUCCGUUCGAUAAUGUCCAUCUCAAGGUGCUCUCGGUGAUGCUGACAAUCGAUUGGCCCGAUGAUACCACCAAUCCAGGGACUCCGCUGAAGCUGGAUCUGGUUGUUGACGCAGAGCGAUCCGUCAGACUUUCAUGCAACCCAAGGCUCAACAACGUUGACCGGGUGACGACCAUGAGGGAGUGCCUCCUCGGCAUGGGGGUCACGGCCGACGAAUUGAGCACAUUAAGAGUACCAAAGCUGUUGGGCUUUCUCAUCAACAACCCUAACACCGUUGUCGAAGCCCUCCUCAAUGCUAUUCCAUCUUUCCUUGUGAAUGCCGGGCUUCCUCUUCUGAAACCGGACCUGGACAACAGCACUGUGGAUGCGUUCUGGGAUCCCCUGGGCAAGAUCAUCAUUCGUCGUGCCGAUAUCAUCUGCCAGGUGGCUGGGGUUUCCGGAUGGGCCUCGCAAAGUAUUGCCGGCAUCGCACUCACAAUGGGAGACAUCACCAUCACGGCCACCGAUAUUCUUACCCCCAAUCAGCAACUGUCCUUCACCGGGUCGGCCAGUUUUACUCAUGUUGCUGACACGGAAGGGAUCACGCUUGGCUUCUCAUGUGUGUUGGGCUCCGAUGCGAGCGACCUCGUCUUCUCCAUCUCCGGCACAGAGGCCGUUUCUGCUCUCCCUACUCUCCUCCCAGGCGUUCCGAAUUUGACCCAGUUGAAGACGCCUUUCAGCGCCUCCAGUCUCGGUCAGAUGACAUCCUCAAUGAUCGGUUUCUCGAUCAAGCAACCCGUCAAUAGUAUUCCAACUUAUGAUCUGGCAAGCCUCUUCGUGGUGGUUAGCCUUGAUGAUUGGAAAGCAUUCCUGCCCUCGUCCUUUCCCAUUGGCGGUAUCGACAACGACAGUGUCAUAAUUCGCGUCCUGGUCAUGGAACCGCGCAACGUAGACACCAUGCUCGUGGCGGUAAACAUCGACUGUGCUAUACACCUCAGCAGUCCGCUGCCUCCUGUGCUCAACGUCAAGUUUGCCGCCGAUCCGUUGGUCACCGCUGGAGCAUACGAAUUUCGGCUUACUGUGGGAGCUCCACCCAUCACAGACCUAGGAGCCACAACUGGGUUGACGUUGGCGAAUGUGUGCCAGGCGAUCGGGAUGGCUGAUGUCUCCUCUGGUAUCGGAAAUUCAAUCCCUGUACUCGGCCAGGUCCUCACCGCGAUCCAAGUGGUCGAGCUAUCAGUGGCGGUUUUGCAGCAGACGAGCGCUUCAACCACCAAGUACACCUUUGGUGAUUGGAGACUUAGCCUCUAUGUUGACAGCUUCGUCAUCGUCCCGAAGGUUCUGACGAUAUCGCAGGCGAGCAUGGACAUGCACAACAUCAAUGGCCUCUUCUCGUGUGAGGUGAAUGGGUCGGUGGUGCUUACAUCGGCCAAUGCGGCGACGCAAGUAGACGUUGUCUUCAAGCCGCCGACGCAGGGCGCCGCAGGCCAAAUUCGCAUUGACGCACCCAGGGGUCUGUCGAUUGCAAACAUCAUGGAUGCUUUCGGCCUUCCUGACUUGACCUCGGUUCCCGUCGUUGGCACCAUCAUCAGCGUUGCCGUUAAUUCGGUGCACUGCACUCUUGGGUAUCCUGAGAACGCCACGGACAUUGCUUGCCUCGGGGCGACGAUUGAGCUGCGCUUCGACAGCCUGGAUCCUGGGAUCCUCAGUCUCGCGGCCCUCACGCUUUCUGUCGAAUACCAUGAACCCAACGAUCCUCUUGGCCCGGGUUACGAGCAAAAGGCUUUCUCCGUCCGUGCGCUUCUGGCUGAUGGGACAUCUGCUGCGACGGUGUCCUAUGAUAGCCACGCUGGCACCUUGUCUGCGACUCUGGUUCAGGUUCAGACGGUCAGUGUGACACAGCUGCUGCAAAAGAUACUUCCCUCAAUGGUCGCCAAUGUAUUGUCUGGGUUGAUAGGUAACAUGAAGUUCGACCACGUUGAUCUUGUGCUUGAUACUGCAAACGAGAAUAUCAAGUCCUUCAGCAUUGCCCUGACUAGCGACGAGACUCUAGCCGUUGGAAAUCUGACCCUUACAUCACUGAACGUCGUCUACGCAGCUGCGACUACUGGUUCCCCAGCUACACCUGCUACACUAGUUGUCCAAGGUGUUUUUCAAAAGGACACAGUGGGAGCUGUUAUCUCCAUCUCCUGCACCUCGAACGAUGCAGCGUCCCCUCCCGUCAAUUCGGCAGUUAACGUCGCCUUCUCGGUCACUGCGUUGACACCGACUAGCCUGCCACUAUCUGGCUUUAUCGGACUUCUCGGAAUACCGCUCCCAACCUACACGCCUCCAGUAGGGUGUCCCACGUUCGAUGGCCUACAAGUGACAGACAUCAGCGGGGAAAUCUCCGUGACGACUGUGUCAACCUCGUCGACGGUAACAGGGACGAGCCUCGAGAUUGUCAGUCUGAAUGCCAGCGUGGUUACGCUUCCAGGCAGCGGCAUUGGCAUACUUCCUACCCUCGGGAUUCAGCUUACCCAGAUGAGGUUGAACAUCUCAUAUGCAAACAAACUAACAUCUGGCAGCAUCAGCGGCUAUCUCCCUAUUAGCGGAAUUGGUGGUAUAUGGGUGCUGUUUGCGAUACAAGGUGGGCAAGAGCUGUAUGCCGCAGAUCUCAACCUGGGUUCGCAACAACAGAUGGACGCCACGGACAUCUACCACACCUUCUUGAACGUCGACGAGUGGACAAUACCCGCUGAUCUGAACAUACCCUCUGCCCUACCCUUGGUAGAUCUUCAUGCAAGGGUUAUCCGCGGUGUGUCUAUUGACGUUUGGGGCUUUGGCACGACAGGACCCGCCGGAUGGGAAGUUGCUGCCUCUGGAGUGAAGCUGACCACGGCCUCCCUUGGUGGCAGGAUACGCAUACUGGAACCUCCGAAACCGACGGCACCCGGCGUUUCUUUGGCUUCAACUGUCCCCGCCCCAAAACAGAGAGAGUAUUAUGUGUACAUCAUUGGUACAGCAUCCUUCACCGGCUUCAGUGGGGCUAAUGCGGCCGAGGCAAGGCUAAACAUUAAACCUGAUGACGGCGUCACCUUCACUGCCGGUGUCAACAAGACAGCCACCGGAUCGGACCUCAAUACACUCUCUCAAGAGCUGGAUGCCAGUCCAGACUCAAACUGGAGCAGUAUUAUUCCGAAGACCACAACCAGCAUAUCACUCGACCAAGACGGGAUAUAUGUCUAUGCCAACCUCACCAAGGGCAAGACCACCUUUGCACUUUACGGGAGUGUGACAGGGAUUGGAUCUUUACUGCUCCUCGGGAGACCUAACAUGACACCAGGAAGCACCGGACGGUCGUAUUUCGUCUCACUUGUCAUCCAAGACCUCGGUGCUAUAUGGCCUAGCUUUUCAAACAUCAUGGGACUUUUCGACUUCAGCAUGUUGACGGCCGAAAUAAUGGCGUAUGACGGAACUGUGGACGACAUGUAUACAGACCUCAAGAAUCUACCCAUCGAUUUCGCCGCUAGCGAUGUGGUUGUGCCCGAUGCAUCGACAGUCAUAGCGCCGAUGUUGGCCGAGUAUGGCGGGACAAAGCUCGGUAACGCCGCCCUCUUCUCCGGAACGCUGAGUCUUACGGGCAGGUCUCCAAAGCCAAUGACAGGUGGCUUUGCCAUGGCUUCGGAUCCGUCUUCGACGGGAACGGUUACCCUCUGGGCCCAUGUACCGGAAAACCCUAGUACUGGGGUCUUUGGAAUGAUCAUGAAAGAUGUCGCAUUACUGGGCGGUGCGAUCGUCGUCAACGGCUUUGGGCAGUACACUGAGAAGCGGCUCACUAUCAGUGCCGCAAGCCUCGUCCUGAAGAUUCCUGGCAUGGCAGACACGCUGGACUUCCAGGUGGAGCUGACCGUCACUCCUGAAGAGACUAACUUCAAUGUCUCGACCUCCAAGCUGACCCUCCCCAGCCCGUUUGGUGAUAUGUUCAGUGUCACUUUCCAGACACUUGGAAUUGCUGGAAACAUUGUUCAAGUGAAAGGAAAGACUGUGCCGACUUACACCCUUUCGACGACCUCGGUCUUGUUGGGAGGUAAGCCUACUGGUCUGGGUGGGAGCAUCAUCUUCCCGGGAGGCAAACCUCAAAUCGCUGUUCUCGACGCCAUGAACAUGAACAUUCUCGACAUCUUCACAAAGAUCAUCCAGUACAGUCCGGUGACGGGGUCGACGCCAGGCUCCUGGCCAGUAUUGUACAACCCCUUCACGGUGAAGAACGCAGUGAUUUAUUACAACAGUGGCGCCGCAUACGCUUCAAAGGCCGUGACGUACCAACCAAGCUAUAACGUCCACGCAGAACUGUCGAUGUUUGGGGUGGAAUUCUCUCUCGACAUCAACAUUCCCAGCCGAGCUGGUAUCAAGGUGACCGGUACCUACAUCGGGACUAUUGACUUGAAAUUUGUGCAGCUGGGACCAUAUCCGCCCAGCUCUCCGACAACUAAAGGGCCGACUUUGACCAUCGACACAACGGCAAAAGCUACGUUGUACCAGUAUGAAUCCGCCGUAUCGUUCUUCGGGCUCGAAGGGCUAGGUAUCACCCUGCAAUACACCAAGGACGGCCAAGAGGAUCUGUACUCAGGGGAUCUCAAGUACGAUAGAACCAUUCUCGGGGUCGCCAACCCAAGCAUAUCCGUUUCCUACAACAGCACGACGGACCAGUGGUCUUUUGGACCCUGGGAUAUCAUACAGGACAUCAGUAAUGCCGUCGAUAUCAUCAAGGAGAUCCUCAAGCAGUCCGAAACCCAAUCUUGUGGCUCGCUAGUGGGCUUAGCCCUUGACAACGUGACAAUCAAGGUCAGCCCCAAGCUCACGCUCACGAGUGGGACCGACACAAGCCGCACUGCGCUGGCAGGGACGCCAUACCUGAAGAUCUCCUUCGAUGUCACCUUCUCCCUGACCGUUGCGAAGAAGGAGAUUUUUUCAAUUCCACUUCCAAACGAUCACCUCAUACCUCCACAGAAGAUGAGAGUGGCUGACUUCAACACAACGUCCCUGGAGAGCUUUGUCCUCAGUGUCUUUGUACAGUUUGCAAAGAACUUGGCUUUUGCCGUGCUGGAGAACCCUUCUGCGCUCGGAGCUCUGAUAGCGCAAAUGGUAAUUUCCGAGUUUGGCGAGGAGCUCGUUACGAACCUACUCUGCCGCGGAUGCGAUAAUCCAGACCUGGAGACAACGGCCAAGAACUGGGCCGACAAGAAUCACUCUGACGGGGAAGACAGUGGAGGGCAGUCCCAGGAUAAGUUCGACGGAGUAGCGAGUGCCGAAGCCAUUGAUGCUGCUGCCGACUUAUUCGCAGCGGGAUCGGCGCUACUCGCGACUACCCUAGGUAUCCUUGGAACGCUCGCGGCACUAAUUGACAAGAUUGCCAAGAUAUUUGGCAUCGACGCUGGGCUGGAACAAAAGUUGUCUGACCUUCAGAAUAAGGUUGACAAGCUCCAGGCCGAAAAAUCAGCGGCUAAUGCCCUUCUCAACAAGGCUCUAGAUAUGGGUGGAAUUCCCAACCUGAAAUGGGCCUCGGUGACAAGGCUCGAGGAUGCCGCACCCCAGACGAGCGUUGCCAUUGACUGGAGUAAGGCAGUCCCGAAUAGCAAGGCCGCGAGUUGGUACAAGGGCUUCAAUGGCUUUCAGUGGAUCGUUUCCGCCAACACGACCGGAGGCAUCAGCGAUCCAGGGGUGACUUACACGGAGACGGAUUCUACGAAGCGGGCAACCACGCUCCAAGAUGCUGAGUUUGCAUACUCAUCGACCGUCUAUGUCUGGGCCACCGCUCGGUACGGCGAUUUCCACUCUGAUACUACGCCGCCAGCGGCGACUAUCACCCACAUUCCAUACCUUCGGCCACCGACGCUCACCUUGACCUCCACGGCAACUGGUCUGACAGUGCAGUUUUCGGGGCAGGUUAACCCUCCGGCCCAGGAGUCAUACAUGCUACAGAUUGCAGGGACCGAUGUUGCUUCGAGGAGUUUGAUCCUUUUUGAGCAGACCUUGCCCAAGUCGCCCUCGGACGGCGUUAAUAUCCGUUGGGACCAGCUUACGCCGACAUCGCCGAUGCCAGCUUCGAUCACGGCGUACAUCCAAGCAGUCUCUAGCGAUUCUUCAAAGGCGCAUGACUCGAUCUUCGUCGCUUCUAGCACCUCUUUCAACCUGCUUGCCCCGCCCACAGGCCUCACCGUCAAGCCAGACGAGAAUGACACCAACAUCACUGUGUCCUGGAACCAACCGGGCGCCAUGCCCACUGCGCCGGACUACGACCUGGAGGUCCGAGACCGGAACAAUGUCCUCAUCGAGCCUGUCACCAUAACACCCGGGACCUCACCGGACGGGAAGCGCUCCACUCAGAUCUCCUCAAUCAAGUUCACAGCCGGGGAAUCUAUCGCCGUCGCUGUACGCGCCCACGUGCCCAGCACAGCACCCCAAGGCACGAUCAGCAUCUUCACCCUCCCCGUGACGAGCGUCAUCCAGCCCUCCGCAAUCCCCGUCAUUGACUCCAGCAACACAUAUUGGGACAUCCCCUCCAAGACCCUCCAUCUCGUCGUCGGCUUCGCGGCCGAUAUUCUGUCAUCGAGCACGUUCCAAGUGCGGCCGGAUGACCUCACUCGCCCGCCUCUCACGGUCUCCUCAUCGACGAUAACCAAGAGGAGCGCGUCACUGGUGGUGACGGAGGUGCCCAGCAACCCGUGGCCAAAGGCAAUCCUCGUUGCGGCAACUGUUUCUGCAGGCGAAACCGGUCCCUACAGUGCGCCUUGGACUUUUCCCGCCGCAGCGGCGGGUGGUAUAGCGGCUCCAUACCCUGCGGUACAGUUCUCGUCUAUUGGGCCACCAACGAUGACUGUGUAUUGGGACCUCGUUCCAAACGCGCAGUGGACUACGUUGUCACUCAUCUACCAGGCUCCCGGUCCUAUCUGGCCUCCCCACAUUGUCACGCAAAGGGUCGAUUCUCCCAAGAGUGCAUAUACGUUUGCCUUGAAGGCUCUUUUUGAUGAAUCGAAGGGGGCGCAGACAGGAUCGAGCGGGUCUAUGACGGUGGCGGAGGCGGCCCCGUGGGGCUGGAGGUUCUCUCUGAGCAUGGAGAGCUGCGCGAAUGGUAUCCGGGGAGGUGGCGUAAUGUUAUGGAGGCCAGGUCCAUAA